AUGUAUUUUUGGCUGUCUGAAAUAAAAUGUUUAAUGCUGUUUUUGUUAAGCACAAUUGCAUCUUCGAAAAUUGGUUUGGCCUCUUUCUUCAAAUUUCGAUGGAAAUUUAUUCUCAUUGCUAAACAGCCUAUAACUCUUGGGAAAUCUCGAGCUAUUUCUGUAGACUACAGACUUCAAUUCCGGCGGACCAAGAGCAACCAAUCAAAUUUCCAACGAAAAUUUAAAGUUUUCUUUACUCACUUAUAA